AUGUUAAGGUUAGGGUUUUGUCUUGUUAAAUUUCCCGAGAUUUAAUUCAUCUCGGGUGCUGCUAUAUUCUGUGAUUCCGAGCUCCUUGAUAGGGGUUUAGAAUGCUCCCUCGAAGGCAGCCAUUCCAUUCCAUUGCCGGGAGGGUGCACCUGCUGGAACAAGAUUCUCCGUAACAACUGGAUAAAAAGGCAUGCUGUGCAUACUCUCAGAAAAUUGGGUAUAUUCUGGAUUGGCCAGAUCCCGUGGAGUUGUAUUCCCACACAAUAAUUUGCUAAAAUAUAAUCUGGGUUGCAGACAAUUUAACAGGUCUAUCCUCAGGAAAAUACCACGGGUUUCUCUGAUUGAAAUGAGCACAGGAAGAAUAUGCACCAUUAAGGUUUUUAGCUCAAUUCAGCUACAUGGGUUUCAAGCUGAAGAGCAUGCGGAUUCUGAAAUGUCAGGUUCAUCGGAUGAAGAAAUAGAUUAUAUUUCUGAUGGUGAUUCGAUAGAGGAUAUUGAAGGGGAAUGGAGUGCUGAUCAAUUGGAUACAAUUGCUUCACUCUUCCGAAGCCCAACACCCCCAAAAUCAAGAAGUCAAAUGAAAGAAAGGUACCUUCCUCUUCCCAUGCCUCAUAAAAUUAGGCCUACAGGUGUUCCUCAAUCUAAGAGAGCUUUCAGGUCACCCAAUCCUUUGCACAAGGUCUACAAAAACCCACAGUUUCUGAUAAACCUUGCUAGAGAAAUCAGAGAUCUUUCUCCAGAGGAAGAGGUAUCAAAAGUCCUAGAUAAAUGGGAGUGUGUCCUUAGAAAGGGUUCACUGUCCUUAACCAUUCGGGAGCUUGGGCACAUGGGUUUGCCUCAAAGAGCUCUCCAGACAUUCUGUUGGGCUCAGAAAUGCCCAAAACAUUACCCAGAUGAUAGGAUUCUAGGUUCUAUCCUGCAGGUUCUUGCUCGAGCCGGUGAACUGAAGACACCCUUUGACUUAAAGAGCACCUUAACUUCAUGCAAUAAGAAUACCCUUGAGUCUAUUGCUAGAGGUUAUAUCAAGUCAGGCCAAUGCAGGCAAGCCAGAGAGGUUUUACUGGCUGCAAGGGAUUCGUUAUUUAAGCUUGAUGAUGGUAUUCAUGCCAAGCUCAUUGUUCAGGCUUCCAAAUCCAGAAGAUGGCAUAACUUAGCAGGUAAACUCAUAGAAGAGCUUGGAAUGAGAGAUGAGUUGAAAUUGGAAAUACAGGACUGCACUGCUGUUAUGAAGGGUUGUAUCAGACUUGGAAUGUAUGAAGCAGUGGAGAGCCUUUUCUUUUGGUGGAAGGAAUCAGGUCAUAGACCAAAUGUUGUCAUGUACACUACCAUAAUGCAUAGUAGAUACUGUAGUGGCAAAUUCAGGGAGGCCUUUGCACUUGUGUGGGAAAUGGAAGAAUCGAAUUGCUUGCUUGAUCUACCAGCCUAUCGAGUGAUAAUCCGGUUGUGUGCUGAGCUGGGUGAUCUGUCAAGAGCUGCAAGAUAUUUUUGUAAAAUGAAAGAUGCAUGUUUCGUGCCCACUCGUGAUAUUUACAGUAAUUUAAUUGCGCUAUACUUCAAAUCAGGAAGAGUGGUGAAAUGCAGAGAACUUUUGAAGGAAAUGGAAAGAGUAGGCAUCCAACCAAACCUUGAGAUCCUUCAACAUAGAUUUGAAAGUUGGUCUGAAAGUGAGAAUCCUCUCUUCCAUGUAAAAAAUGAAAAUUCUGAAACAAUGUUUUAAAUUGUCAGUUUGCUUAUUUCCAGAUUUUUUUUAGAUUGACACAUUCAAAGAAAAUUUAACCUUACCUGGUUAAUAAUAGUAUCUGGCAUGUGUAAUAUCUUGUCAAAAAAUUUCUGUUCAAAGCUGGUAAAUUCUGUUUUCUUUUAUGAUUC